CCAUGGUCUGGCCCUUCAGUUCCACCCACCCAGAAAUCGUGUCCCUUGUGAUCUCGCUUGUCUGCAAGAGUCGGCAUUCCAUCAGUCAUUCUACCACGUCCAUAUCUCCGGCCGGGACUCAUACCCAGCAACUCCAGGGCAUCCAGGGCAUCGACCAGCAGACGUCACAUCCGAUCAGACCGCUGGUUCUCGUGUACCCGCCGGCGUUGACUCUCGCCUGGCCAUCAACCGCAAAACGGCGAGACUCCAAGUUCUUCCGGAUCGUCAUGCCAAUCGCUGGAUUAUCACGACCGCCAACUGCUACAAUAUGUGGUAGUGUAGUACGCCAUCAUUCAAACCAGGCACGCCAAGUUUGACACUGCGAUGGAGGGGACAGAGCUUCCAUCUUUCCCUGCUGUUGCCCCACCCGUCGACCUUUUGACAGCUCCCCUCAGGCGCCUAGGGUCUUAACCAAGCCCAAAUGUGCCCUUGCCUUGCCCCUCUACCACCCAAACGGCAUUUGAGGUGUUAGACGGACAUCUCUCGGACUACCAUGCUAGACACUACCAUAGACUUUACCCUCACGCUUGCCCAGUGGACGUGAUAUCUACCCACCGUUCUCAUGGCGCUUUGCGGUGAGUAAGUCCUCCAGGUCAAGCGCCUGCGGACCUUGUCGUCUCCAAAGUUGCAAUAUGAUGACGACUACGGUUGCGUUGCUCUCGCCAAGGUGCCGCGGGCGGUAGCCAAGAGACUCAGUCUCCCCUUAUCUUGUCUUCACAAACUACAUAGGUAUCCAUAUCAUCUUUACAUGAGCA